AUGUUAUGUUAUUUCAGCAAAGAAGACGCUGGAAAUUACACCUGCCAAGUGGAAUCUGAAUACGGCUACAACUCUUGGAGCGGAUAUCUCCAAGUUGAAGGUAAUAUUAUGUUUCUUGUUCUUUUGACGUUUUAUUGUAAAAUACGUUGGUUUUAUCUAGGGUAUUUAUACACUUUUAAAUUUAAAAAAUGUGUUUUAAUUUUUAAUUUAAUACUUUUGUUUUUUACAUGACUAUGACACGAUUAUAUUGACUAUGACACUAUUUUUUGACUUUAAAUUAUAAAAUUAUAUUUAAAAUUCCAAAAUUCUAGAGCACAACAACCCCUCCGCAGUCUUCGAAAGGAUGCCAGACCGAUCCCAACUGCCGGCUGCUCCAUCACAGCCUCGAGUCAAUGUGAGACGGCCGAAUCAAAUCGACAUUGAGUGGGAUCCACCAUCGAAUCAUGGAGCAUCUCCAGUCACCCACUACACUUUACAGUACUGGAACCCUCAUCCUGGCGCUAAAACGGUGGGUUUUGGGACUAAAUGUCUUGAAUUUUAGCGAUUUUUUGUAGCGCGCCGUUCUUUUUGCAUCAAUUUUGUAAAUUUGAUUUUUUUGAAAUUAUGAACUUCCGUUGUUUUGCAGAAUUAAAAUUUUAUUUUUCAAAAGUUUUAAGGGACGCGCCAUUCUUUUUGCAGCACUUUUUAAAAUUUGAUUUUUUGGAAAUUUUUGUUUUAUUUUUAAAAAAUAUUUUAUUUUGACAUUUUAGACGUGGACAACGGUAAACGAUCGUAUCAAUGGCCUGAAGUAUCGAGUGGUCGGUGUCCAACCAGGCCAACAGUACUUCUUCAUUGUCCGAGCGAAUAAUGCACUCGGAAUGGGAGAACCUUCUCCCAUGAGUCAAAUGGCAUUAACGUAUGCUGGUAAGUCAUUCUUUUCAAAUUGAAAAAAAAACAUUUUAAAAUUUUUGAUAAUAUUAAAUUGUUCAAAUAAUUCUGUGCCUCUUAAUACGAAAAUUUGCUUUAAUAUGACUUUUUUAAAUCUUAAAGAUAUUCUAAAUGUUACCUAUUACAGAUCAAGAACCAAAAGAAUCCACGACUCCAGAAACCACCGUGGCUCUCCAAAAGCCAGUCCGUCUUACUCAUGCCAAGACCAUCAACUCCAGCACCGCCUUGUUAACCUGGAGCAAUGGUGAAGGUCUCAACAACGAUGGCUUCUACCUAACCUGGCGCGGCCCUCCGCUAGCCAAUGGCGAAACUAUCAUGAACAUUACUGAGCCUAAAGUAUCGUCCAUCUUGGUGAACGGACUGAAGCCUUACAGUACCUACGACUUCUUCCUGAUUCCAUACAAGAAUCAGAUGAAUCUGUCACCGUCGAACUCGAUCGAGUUGAGGACGCCAGAAGGCAUUCCAGACCCACCAAGGAAUGUUUUUGCCCGAAUGGAGAAUCUGACUAGUGUUCUGAUCUCAUUCGGACCUCCUUCUGACAUCAGAGGCAUUCUGAAGGGCUUUGAUAUUCAGUUCACUGAUAACUCAAGUGACUAUGUUAACACUAUCAGAACGAGAGCGAAUGCACGAUCGGUUACACUCAGGAAUCUGACUCCGAACAAGAGUUACCAAGCUCACGUAGCUACACUGAAUGGAGAAGGCAGAAGUGAAUAUGUCAGCACGGAGUUGUUCACUAUGAGUAGGUUUUUGGAUAUUGAUUUUCAAUUUUUUUUAAAUUUUGGUUUUUUUAGUAUGAAGCAUGUCUUGAAUAACAUAAUUAAAAAAAAAAGAUAAACAUAUCUUUUUCAGACGAAGCCACCCUCUUCAAACAUCAUCAACAGUACGGUCGCCACGAAUCCACCGUAUCACCGUGGAAGGUCGGAGCUGGUGCAGGCUUUACUGCCCUGAUCUUGGUCUUCUUUGCCAUGAUUGCCUUCUGUUGGUGCCGCUACGGAGGCAACAAGAAGAGAAAGAACUCACUCAGACAUCGCCCACCAUCCACCGACUUCAUCAAGAUCAACGAUGGAUCUGUAGCGACGGGAAGAGAAGACUACUGGCCAGAAUCUGCCAUGCCCUUCCACAUCCCACCCCCACCACCCCCGCCCAACGGACUCAACCAUCAAUGUAGCGGAAUGACCGUACACAGUCAUAUGAACAUGUCAUCACCACGAUCAGCCCACUACUUCCAUCAUCAUCCUUGUUGUGCACCACCAAUGAUGAAUGCCUACGGUACUACAGUACGUCCACAUUAUGCAGGACCAUACUGUGCUGGAUCCUCAACAUUGGGCAGAGAAGAAGGACAAUAUCACUAUGCAGUACUACCGCCAACCAGUACUCUUCCCCAUCAUGCUACCAUGGUGCACUACGAAGAUGAUCCAAGCCCAUACGCUUCAACUACAGUAACCAGCAAUGGCUACGGACCCACUCUACCAUCAAAUCCACCCCCAAUGUUUGUACCACAGCAACUUCAACAAAAGUUCAUGAAUCCACCAAACGGAUCCAUCAGACGGACGGCUACACAACCAGCCCAGUCCACUCAAUCCCAACAGUGUCAACAAGGUCGACGGACGCCGAGAACCAACCCCCACUUCUUCAACGAUCCCCCCGCCCCAGCCCCACAACAAGAUAACAUGGAGUUGGGCCGGAUCUUGGCUCAGGUCCCACCUCCACCAUUACAGCAAGGUCAAACCUACGACUCGGUCACCGAGGAUUUUUUAGCCAUGCCCAACUACAAGGAGGAGGGACCGCCGGAGGAGGAGAGGAACAAGGACCUGCCCAACAGGACCACCAACUCCAGGAGUCCACCCAGGAAUAGGAAUGGUAAGAUAAUGAAGAGUUUUGGUUAUGGGGGUGGAUAAUAUAAUUUUGGUUAGAAAAAAGGUGAUUUUUGGUAUGAAAGGGGUGGAUAAUGUAAUUUUUGAUAGAAUCAGGGAUUUUUCUAUUUAUCAGGGGAUGGAUAUUAUAAUAUUUUUUUAAAAUUUGCAUAAAAAACGCAUUUUAUGUCAAAAAAAUCUGAAUUUUUUAAAUUUUAAAUUAAAAAAUUGAAAAUACAAAUUUUAACUUUUUCAAUUUUCAGGCACGGCCGAAAGCGAAGAGCGUUAUCUUCUGAAUUGA